CCCUGUUGUCUGUAGGUGGCUGAGAGACAGACCAUCUAAAGGGGGAUCAUGUCAGUCUCCUGUACUUGGGGCCAUUAUAGACAGAAUGGAAAUCUCCCUGAUCCCGGCCCUGCUGCUGCUGCCUCUCCUGCUGCGAGUUGCAGCGCUGCACCUCCUGCUGGGUGUCACCAUCCUGACCGCUCUGCCCGGCAUGGUGCUGUGGUACUACUACGCCACGCACAGAAAAAAGAAACGCACCCUCUUCUUCCUCACCCUAUCUCUCUACUCCCUGUUCUACAUGUAUUACCUCUUCAUUACAGAGAUUUUACCUUGUGGGAACGUCAGCCAGCUGCAGGUGUGUACUGUGACCACGGGGGUGAUUCUCACUCUCGUCUCUCUUAUACAAACCAAGAGAGGCCCGGGCUUUGUGACCCCGUUCCUACAUGUAGCUCACAGCCACAGUCAGGAGGCUGAGAAGGACUCCACACAUCUUAAUGGAUGUAUCCAAUCAGCAGCUGCAACAGGGACCCAAAAUGCCCUAACAACAAAACUGAGCAGCUGUCCUGUGUGCAAAAUAAUGCGACCCCCAAGAGCCGGACACUGUCGAACCUGUGGAUCCUGUGUCCAGCGUCUGGACCACCACUGUGUCUGGAUUAACAGCUGUGUUGGACAGGCAAACCAUCGCAGUUUCCUGCUGAGCCUCUCUGUGUUCGUGGUCACCUCUCUGUACGGGAUCAGCUUGGUGCUGAGCAGCCUCUGUCCUCGACAAUAUCUGAUGACGGCGCUCCUCUACUGCCCCGGCGUCUACACUCAGUCCAGCUCGGCACUUUGCUUCACCUGUGCUUGGUACAGCAGCAUUGUGACAGGUGGGCUGUUUUACAUGUGGUUGGUGCAAGUCGUGAAUAUCAGCCUGAAUGUGACGGAGCGGGAGGCUCAGCUGGCUCUGAGGAACAAAACAGGCCAGCGGCGCCUGGGGGGGCUCGUCAUCUCCACGGGACAGUUCUCACGUGGCUUCUGUCAGAACUGGGCCGAGUUCUUCACCAUGGCAGACGCCUCGGUGUCUCCUCGCUCCAGCCUCACUGACUUGGUCUAGUCUCACAUUGUACUCUGUUGCGACAUCAUGACAACUGUUGACUGAUAACAGCAUGUGUGAAGCUCUGCAUCUCAUGUCAUUCUUAGCAUGUAACAGCCCAUGUCUUCUGAUGCUUAUUGCAUUCCAGCUUUUUCACACAAUACAUUGUGUUCAUGGGAUAGGAUUAUAACAAAAAAUUAUCACCUUGAACGAUUAAUUAGUAAAUUACGAUAAUAAUUGAAAGGGUUUCAGAAAUUAGAAAUGAUGAAUGGCUAAUGAUGGCAUUUCAACAAACCUCUACAUUCAGAAGUAAAGAUAGGAAUGAAGUUUGUGUGUAAGUUCUACUAAAGUAGGACCUUUGGUGUUUUAAGGUUUACCAACACAUAGUGCAAGUUUGAAUAGUCUGAAAUCUAAGCCUGUUGCAAAUAGUUGUAGGAAAUAUAACGUACAUGCUUCAGUCUGCAGGUAGAAUGUAAAUAUAGUUUAUGCUGUCCAACUGACUUGGAAACUAUUGUUGACCAUGUUCAUUUAAAACAAUUGAACAAAGCAUUUGUAAUAAAGAAAAAUACUAUGUGGGGUUCACGUAAAAGAAGAACACAGGCAUGCUUCAAGAUCUGUUCCAGCAUUUGGGUGCCCCCCUGUGGAGAUUUUCUGAGUACAAGUCACACUUUAUAUAUCCCACAACUCACUUUUAUAAAACCUCACUUUUAAAAUGUCCAUGCAUAAACAACAAAAGAGGCCCAAAGUGGCACAGAGGAAUACGUCCCCUGUGAGUCUGCGGUGGGGGUGCAGUGUGAACUUCCUGUAGACUCUACACUCUUCUUUACUGUUAUGACUGAUGCAAUCUGAAUAACUCAAUAUUCUCUCUGUAGUGCUCUGUGGUAUUGAUUUUGUUAUGUUGUCCAUUACUGUCUAAUAGCACCAGUAGUGCUCCGUCUACAUUGUCCAGACCUCCUUAUUUUAAGACAUGCAGGGAUUGUCUUUUGGUAAGAAGUAAAUUAAAGAUAUUGUUUAUUUAUAUUAAUCCUCCUGUUAUCCUUGGGGUCCAUUUGACCCCAUUCAAUGUUUAGCAUAU